GUCGUCCGUAGGCGAAUGCGGCGCAGAGCUCGGGGAAGGAGAAACAGGGCUGACCGAGGCGGGGGAGUCGGAAGUGACUUUAUUGUGGAGCCUCGUCUUCAUUUUUUUUAUUACCUCCGCUGAUCUUGCGUUGUCGCUGUGAGUCGUUUAAGAUGAAAGGAAAAACACGGUGUUGAAGAUUUUCCGUGAGUUAAACGAUCAGGAAAGCGAGUGACGUCAGGCGGCAGAGAGCGAGCGUCCCUCCUGCCAGGCGUCCAUCCUGCAAGGAGCUGCUGAGCGUACUGAGGAUCAUCGACAGCCUCCCUGCCUGGGGCAGAGACAGCGCCCCUGUACACCUGCCACAAUGGUGCUGUCACAGAGGCAACGAGAUGAGCUAAAUCGAGCGAUAGCAGAUUACCUCCGAUCAAAUGGCUACGAAGAAGCGUAUUCCGUUUUUAAGAAGGAAGCAGAGUUAGAUAUGAAUGAAGAAUUAGAUAAGAAGUAUGCAGGCCUUUUGGAAAAGAAAUGGACCUCAGUCAUCAGAUUACAAAAGAAGGUAAUGGAGCUGGAGUCAAAGCUUAACGAAGCAAAAGAGGAGAUCACUUUAGGAGGGCCCAUGGGGCAGAAGAGGGACCCGAAAGAGUGGAUCCCGCGACCCCCUGAGAAGUACGCGCUCAGCGGGCACAGGAGUCCCGUUACACGUGUUAUCUUUCACCCUGUCUUCAGCGUCAUGGUUUCUGCCUCAGAAGACGCCACAAUUAAGGUGUGGGACUAUGAAGCAGGAGACUUCGAGAGAACUCUGAAGGGUCAUACAGACUCGGUGCAGGACAUUUCCUUUGACCACGCUGGAAAGUUGCUGGCCUCUUGCUCAGCAGACAUGACCAUCAAACUCUGGGACUUCCAGGGCUUUGAGUGCAUCAGGACCAUGCACGGACACGACCAUAAUGUGUCAUCAGUAGCCAUCAUGCCCAACGGUGAUCAUAUUGUUUCUGCAUCAAGGGAUAAAACCAUUAAGAUGUGGGAGGUGGCAACUGGUUACUGCGUGAAGACGUUUACGGGCCAUCGGGAAUGGGUGAGGAUGGUGCGACCCAACCAGGAUGGCACGCUGUUGGCCAGCUGCUCAAACGACCAGACGGUUCGAGUGUGGGUCACUGCCACCAAGGAGUGCAAAGCUGAGCUGCGGGAGCAUGAGCAUGUCGUGGAGUGUAUCUCCUGGGCUCCAGAGAGUGCCCAUUCUACUAUACUGGAGGCCACUGGCUCUGAGAACAAAAAGAGCGGUAAGCCCGGGCCCUUCUUGCUGUCUGGGUCUCGAGACAAAACCAUUAAGAUGUGGGAUGUCAGUACUGGCAUGUGCCUUAUGACACUGGUGGGCCACGACAACUGGGUGCGUGGUGUGCUGUUCCACCCAGGUGGGAGGUUUAUUGUAAGCUGUGCCGAUGACAAGACCCUGCGCACUUGGGACUAUAAGAACAAGCGCUGCAUGAAGACCUUGAGUGCCCACGAACACUUCGUUACCUCUAUGGAUUUCCACAAGACCUCCCCCUACAUGGUGACUGGAAGCGUAGAUCAAAUAGUUAAAGUGUGGGAAUGCCGCUGAUCUCCCUUCGCCCCGCCCCCGACCCCGCCCCUCCUGUGUACCCCCCCCACUCCUCCCUACCACAACACUCGUCCUUCAGGGGAUGCACUUCAUCACCAUGGCUACCACCCCAUCCAGCACUCUUCUAAUAACUAUUGUCCUUUUAUGUAAAUUAUUCUGGAUGUAGUUUCAGCUUAUUAAAUGUUACAUAAGACACCCUCACAGGGAGAGAAAAAUAAGUUAAGAAAAAAAAAAAGUAUUCUUGCAUGGUGAAUCCCAAACUUGUAUACUGUAAUUAUUAUUAUUAUUUGCUUACCAUCAUCUUAAAGGGUUUAGGAACAUCAAGCAUCGCGUUACAAAAAACCUGGUCCUUUGUGGGGAAUAAAAAACAAAACAAAAAAAAACACAAAAAAAAGCAAACAAACGCAGGGCACUGAAAACCAGGCUCGCUUUUUCUUUCCUUUCAUGAUCCGCUGAUACUUCAAAGAGAGAGAAAGGGACAAGAGAGAGAGAGAAGAGGACAAGAAGCUGUCUUUUUUUUUUUUUUUUUUUCUCUGUUCUGUCACUAAACCAAAUUAAAAUCUGACUGAAUGUUUGUCCUCUUCCAGGACUUCUAUUGUUGUAUUUUAGGUGCUAAACGCUGUACAGUCAUCGUUCUAGAGUUGGGACAUUUGAAAAUCCCACUGAAUUCAAUGGAUCUUGAAUGUGUGCUUCAGGGGGAAAAAAGGAAAAAUUCCUUGUAUGUUAGGAUUUUGACUUGGCCCCAUUAUAUGAUUUUGUACAUAAUGAAAGACGUCUUGGGGACGGGAAAGACAAAUCAGAGAAGGGGGAAAAUCAGCUGUAAAGCCCUGACUUACUUAUAAGUGCACUUCUUAAAGGAGGAAUACGAUGUGUGUGUGUGUGUGUAUGCAAGCAAAGCAAAGCAGGUACUUGGUCCUGCAUACGUGAAACAUCUCGUCAUCUCCAUUUCAUUUUGCGCUCCACUUAGGAAGUUGAUAAAAAAUAUAUAUAUAUAUAUAAUGGUUGCUUAUGUGUAUGGAAUUAUUCCAAGGGACACCGAAACGUUUAAACGCAGCCAGAAGCUUUUGGACGUUCAGUCUGUAUAUCAGCUCAAUCAUCUUCCAUAUAUUGCUUUAUUAGUAAAACAGGUUUUUGUUCCACCACCAAUACACACCGAGGAGGCCACGUCUUGCAUGGUCACAGCUUUGAGUUCAUUCUGCAGCUUCUAUACGUGUGUGUGUGUGUGUGUGGCUCAGCUGCCACUGAAGGAAGCUUUUCAGCUCACGUCUCAGCGGUACCGCAUCGCAUCAUUGUGCAGGACGAGCGCUCUAGCCAGGCCUGUCGUAAAUCAGGGAGGCUAGUGACCUUUUUUAUUUCUUUCUUUUUCGUUGUCAUGUACACUUAAUUCUUUCGGAUGGACCUGUCGAGUCUGGCUGUGUGUGGUAACCAUAAAGACGCCUCCUAGCUAGAACAAGUGCAAUAAGAAUAGACUGCACCGUCUUAACUCUAGACGGACAAAUAUGCAGACGUGUAAACAAACAAACCCCUGUGCGUUUUGAUAGAUAGCGGUAGGGUGGACCUUUUUUAGCCUCUUUUAGGAGUUCUGUACGAGGUGCAGGCGGUUGUACAGGCCGGACCUCUGCUAUUCCAAAGCCGUGUAUGUAGUAUCAGUGGACAUGUGAAAGGCUCGUAGAGCUUCGCUGUAUGUGCAGUAGGUUUGUGCAUUCAGUUCGCUCGGAAUCCAGUCGUUUGCUCUCUCUAUGCCUUGUUAAUAUACUGAAGCCCCCUUGACGUAAAGACCAUUGUUUUUUUUUCUUUUGGUUUUUUUUUUGUGAUCUCACUGUUCACAAACUUACACACAUAUACACUGACAAGAAUAUAAGUUGUGUACCAAUAUAUCUGGAUGUCAUUGUUUGCAAACAUAAGAGUAAUAAAAACUGUAAAUAUAAAGCA